AUGUCUACCUCUGGCACCCAAUCUCCUCCUCUCGAGGCCACUGGCGAGCAAACCAUCCUUGGCGUCAGCUCGAUUGACGGUAACAAGCCCGAGGUCGUAUCUGAUUCCCAACAAAGGCAUGACUACAUGAAAGAGCCCAAGAAGACUCAAGGGACCGGCAGCCAGGCUAAGAGUCAAAUCAUGUCUGAAGAGCGACCUCACCAAUCAUAA